AUGACGUCCUAUUUACAGUCUACGCGGGACUUCUUAUAUCGUAGAAGGAAACCAUUUAUUGUCGUAGGCACGCUGGUAGGAGGAGUGUAUAUGGUAGCCAAUUAUGCCGUAUCAAAAAUAAGCGAUAUGCAGAACCGAAUGGUAGAGGAAAGAAGAGAUAAAGAGAAUCUACGGCGAAGAUUCAAUCAAAAUCAAGAAGAUUGCACGUACACCGUUCAAGCUCUUCUGCCUACGUUGGGAGAUCAGCUCUUUGCAUAUAUGGAUGUAGAAGGAUUGACAGCGAAAUUGCAACAAGGCAGACAGGUAGCUAGUGAACCUCAAACGCCUGCGCCAAAGACAAAUGGAUCUAUCCCACACAAAGAAUCGCAAGUCACAACAGAAGAGGGAGAAAGUACCCCUGAAAAAGAUGGACUGCCAAGCAAGGUACAAGAGCAAAUUAGCGAAGGUGACCCUACCAGCUCAAGGCAGGAGGGUGCAGAAUCUACACAAUCUGCAGAAACAUCUGGUAAAGAAACGGUCUCAACGUCUGAUACUGCCAUGGAACAGGCCUGGAACAAUGCUGUACCUCGUGCAAGUUUGUCAGGCUUGGAUUCAGUAGCUGAGCCUUCUCCGCAACCGAUCGCUAGCGAAGCACGUCUUACGCCCUCUCCACAGCCAUCGACACCUGUUCUGACAAAUACAACAGAUCCUGUACAAGAGCAUGUACCAGAAAGCAUCGCAGAAACACAGCCUAAAGUCGAACCAGAAGAGUCAAAAUCGAAUCACGAAGUAGCACAGGAAAGUGCAGCAGAGUCCAAAGAAUCGCUUUUGAAAGAGAAACGUGCAAAGUUGGCGCUUUGGAACGAGCUCAAGAUUGCAUCGAUCUCCCGUACGAUUACAACUUUGUACGGCAUCGUUCUCUUAUCACUACAGACACGCGUCCAACUAAAUCUUUUGGGUCGAUAUGCUUAUUUGACCUCGGUAACAUCUUUGUCUGCUUCUGAUGAAUCUGCCAAGCAUCACAUUCGAAUCGAAAGGAACGAUGGCUUCGAAGACCUUGACGAAGAUGGCGAAGAGGAAAGAGAGGAGAACACGCAAAGUACAAUUGCAAACUCUGACGUUUUAACAAAUGGAAUUGAUCUGCAAACCGAAAAAAUAUAUCUGACCUUGAGUUGGUGGUUCUUACAUCGAGGAUGGCAAGAAUUAGCCGAUAUCGUACGAUCAGCUGUGGAAGAGGUAUUUGGGGAUCUUCCUUUGAAAGCACAAUUAUCGCAUGCGGAAUUCAUCUCUUUAAUUCAAAAGGUACGAAGGAGGGUGGAGUAUGAACCCCAUUCUACCGACGGUCAAAGUCAUUUAGGGACCUCUUUUGCUAGCCUUGAUGUAAGAUCAGAGUAUAGCGAAGCAACAACGACAAUGACAUCAGCACGAAGGAGAGGAAAAAGGCGAGAUUUUUCAUCGAUACUCUUCCCGCCACAAGGACAAGAAUUGCAAGUUCUCAUCGAUGCAGGAGCACUGCCACAAUCUUCAAAAGUUGGUACGGUAGGCAACUUGCAAUCCUUGUCAAACACUUUACCGGCACUUCUGGAUGAAACGCGGGAUUUGGUGGAAUCAAACGAUUUCUGGCGUGUGUUAAAGUUGGGAUUACGAGAAAGCUUUGGAAUAUUCGAGCAUAAUCUAAGACCUUCUUUUGGAUUAGAAGCAUCGCACCCAAAAGCACCACUUCCACCACCACCAGAGGCCAGUAUCACCGAAUUGCCUCCUUCAGCAGAUCCACCACUACCACCAAAAAUCAAUGGUGGGCAUUCGACUGGAGAUGUUCAAGAAGAAGGUAAAUCGAUCAGAUUGGCAAGCUUGUUCCCGGUCGUUGCCCGUCAAAGCUCUGCAGCAAUUAAUGGAUUCCCAAAUGAAUAUAUGGAUGCUUUAAAUAAUGUGAAAGAAUUACGAGCUUUUUGUGCUGUGAUUUAUUCAAGUUGGUCAUAA